CCCAGUCUCCGGAGCUGCCGAGCGGUCCCCAUCGCCUCUCCGCCCUCCGCCGUCCGUGCCGCCGCAGCUCCGCGGGCACAGGCGGAGGCAGCAGCGGAGCGAGGGGCGGCCCGGGGCCGCUGCCCCUUCCCCGCCGCGGGGCUGAGCGCGGUGGCGGCGGGCAUCGCCGGGGGUGCGCGGAGCGCGGAGCGGAGCCCGGCGCCGCCUCCAUGUUCCAGCUGCCCAUCCUCAAUUUCAGCCCGCAGCAGGUGGCCGGGGUAUGCGAGACCCUGGAGGAGAGCGGGGACAUCGAGCGCCUGGGGCGCUUCCUCUGGUCCCUGCCCGUGGCCCCUGCGGCCUGCGAGGCGCUCAACAAGAACGAGUCGGUGCUGAGAGCCCGGGCCAUCGUGGCCUUCCACACGGGGAACUACCGGGAGCUCUACCACAUCCUGGAGAACCACAAGUUCACCAAGGAGUCCCACGCCAAACUGCAAGCCCUCUGGCUGGAAGCGCACUACCAGGAGGCGGAGAAGCUGCGGGGCCGACCCCUGGGGCCGGUGGACAAGUACCGGGUGAGGAAGAAGUUCCCGCUGCCCCGCACCAUCUGGGACGGCGAGCAGAAGACACAUUGCUUCAAGGAGCGGACGAGGCAUUUGCUGCGGGAGUGGUACCUGCAGGACCCUUACCCUAACCCCAGCAAAAAGCGGGAACUGGCUCAGGCCACGGGACUUACCCCCACGCAAGUGGGCAACUGGUUCAAAAACCGCAGGCAAAGGGACAGGGCAGCAGCCGCUAAGAACAGGCUACAGCAGCAGGUCCUAACGCAGGGCUCGGUGCGCUCGCUGCAAGCGGAGGAGGAGAGCGGCGGGGAGGCGGUGGGGGCCGCCUCCAGCCCCGCAGCCAGCCUCUCCAGCAAAGCGGCCACCUCCGCCAUCUCCAUCACAUCCAGCGACAGUGAAUGUGACAUCUGACACACCGCCGUGGCACAGCGGGGCUGGCAGUGCCCGGCGAACGCGGGGUACGGGGCGCUCCCCGCCCGCCCGCGCCUCCCUCCCAGCCCCGCAGCAGACUGCAUUAAAAAAACGUCGUUAAAAUCGUUGUCGCCUUUAUUUGGGAGGAUUUGCAGAAUUGAUGUCUGAAAAGAAAUAAUUAAAGAAAGCCCGGAAAACGUAAAAAAAAA